AUAAUUCUUUAAGACCAAUUAUGGACAGUAAUAACUGCCAGUGUUUACCUCCAGUUUUCAACAAGCAUUAUAAAAGGCCAAAGUUCUUUGAACUGUUUAUAAGAAACAGACCCCAUGAUGCUAAAACAAUAUGAAAACAUAAUAAAUAAGUGUUUCUACUUAUAGGAGCGGGUUAAUGCAACGUUUACAAUAAUACGGUACAUUGCUUGUCAAUGGUGCAAAUCCGCCUGCUUUUGAACUGUCCUUUGUUGCCAGGGAAUUUGCUCGAUUAGACCAAUACACUUAACACUCUGUUACAAAUAUACUGGAAUUGUAUAUUGUUAUAUGAACAAAGAUUAUAAAAACAAACAGGUUGAAAUUUAUCUACUGAUUAUCUAAGAUGAGUUAGAUGAGCUGAAAUCCCUGUCAUGCUCCUCAACUCACUAUUGGUGUGAAGUGUUCACCAAACAGCAAGCUUUUUUUGGGGCUGCUAAUUACAUUAAGAACAGGAAAGAUUAAUUGCGUGUGCUCUUGUGAGGUUUCAUGGAAUCCCUGCUUCUCAACAACUCGAUACCAGACGACAGUGACCGAUGUGUACCAAAACGUACCUCAGAACCAUCUGUCGCUGGUAAAAAUUGGCAAAGGCUAUUGCAGAAAUACAGAGAAGAUCCCUCAAAGUGUAGCCCCACCACUGCCUUGCAGGCCUCUAAUGAUCCGGAAAGUUUUAUACGGUUGAUCCGCGAUAGGCCGUCUAUUCAUAACUAUACCUCGCUAAGACACAGACUUACGAACGAUUGUGACAGGCAAUGGAUGCUAAGAUUUUUGGGGCUGGGCGGAUUGGAAUUACUUUAUUUAUCACAGAAGAGAGUAAGCCAACAAGAUCAGUUUAACAUUGCGAACAUAUACGCACAAUUGGAAAUAGUAUCCUGUGUGAAAGCCGUUAUGAACUCGGAAACAGGAUUGGAGUAUAUCAUCGACGAUCCCGAGUACACGCGCAAACUAGCAACAGCUUUGAAUGCAGAGAAUGUGAGUGUUAAAAAGCAAGUAUUUGAGCUGCUUUCAGCACUGUGCUUAUACUCUCAAGAAGGUUAUGUAAGGGCAAUCGACGCUUUAGAGAACUACAAGGAAACAAAUGAUUGUCGGUAUCGAUUCAGUUUUAUCGUAGAUGAAUUAGACUUAGCAGAGGCGUUAACUUAUAAGACCACGAUAGUUGCUUUUAUUAAUUGUAUUCUUAUAGCAACUGAAGAUAUCGAGCAGAGAGUCAGACUGAGAAAUGAAUUUAUAGGUCUGAAGCUUUUGGACGUUCUCAGCAAACUUCGGUAAGUUUAAUUUAUUUUCUUGUCUGUUUUAAACAUUUGUUUUCUACCAAAAAUA